UACAUCCGGCGCUACUGUGACAAAGUAUGUAAUCGGCUAUCUUAUCAUUUGGAAUGAAAAAUCAAAUCAAAACAUAAAUUUUUUUUUAUACCCUUAAGAACUUUACUGCAAACGUUUUAAAAGUUUUAAAUUUAUUUAACAGUAGCAAGAAUAUGACACCGUCAUAUGUUAAAGGAGAAUCGACGACAACGCAAGGAAGCGUCAACACGGCUGUUAGGGAUCCGAUUCUCCUUUCUGAUCGAUCUCUAGAAAUUGCACUCAGGGUAGAAAGAAACCGAAAUCAGGUUGAUUUUUAUUUCUCUAUCCAAAAGGACAUAACACCGGCAAUGAGAAAAAUAGUUGCUGAAUGGAUGCUAGAAGCCACAUCGAUGCAAAUUCAGUCAAGAAACGGAAGCCUUUCAAUCGGUGCCGUUUACUGCCCUCCUCGUUUCUCAAUCUCGGCAGGACUUGGGGAUUCACUUGGGGAUCGUUUUAUAGCCGCAGGAGACUACAACGCCAAACACACGCACUGGGGAUCACGCCUAGUUACUCCCAGAGGAAGGCACUUGUACAAUGCAAUUAUAAAUGUUUGUGCAGAGGAGAAAUGCCAAGAAGAGGUGGUGUUACUGGCAUUAAGUUUUUUGGAUAGAUUUCUGUCAACAAAAUCAGUUCGAAAGACUCAUCUUCAAAUUUUAGCUGCAGCCUGCCUUUUACUUGCUUCAAAACUUCGCGAACCAAGUUGCCGUGCUCUCUCAGUAGACUUAUUGGUUAUCUAUACGGAUAAUAGCAUAUUCAAAGAUGAUUUAAUUAAAUGGGAGCUCUGUGUUAUAAGUCGAUUGGGUUGGGAUCUUUCAUCCGUAACUCCUUUGGAUUUUGUUGAGCAUUUAAUUAUACGCCUGCCAAAAAUAAAAGAAAAUGUUCGAGAUGUUUCUAUGGAAAAGGUCAGACGGCACGCACAAGCUUUUAUAUCAUUGGCAGCCAAAGAACAUACAUUUACAACAUAUUCGUCUAGCACCAUAGCUGCUUCAAGUAUAGCUACUUCAAUGCAUGGCUUAAAAUGGAAUGUGCGCUCCGGACAUAAUUUAAAUUUUUUAUUGAGCCACUUGACCAACAUAACCAAAGCCCCGCAAGCUCAGCUAAAGGAAUGUAUGUUACAUAUGGAAGAUAUUUUCAACGAGCAUAGUCGAAACAUGCGACAUUUUUGUUUGGAUAUUCAGCAGUCGCAAAGCUCAGCAAUAUAUCUACAAGGUCAUUUCCAUGUGCAACAUCCGGAAUACAUACAAGAGCAUGGAGCUACGCCUUUUUCUCAAAUGUCAGUAGUGUCAUUACCAUUAUCAGGAACUUCAGACUCUCUUAAACAACAUAAACAUCAUUCGUUUAAAAGUGUGUUGCCCUGCAGAAUAAAAGCAUGCAGCAUGCAUAAACACGCUUCGACGGAGAUUGACAAACAUACAAUAUAAUUAAUACGGAUUCAUUGAAUAAAUUUUCUUUAAUUUAUUUAUAUAUAUGGAGAAAUUUUUAAUAUGAGAACGGUUUCGGUAGUUAUCAAAAUAUUAUCUCAUAUAAGUAAUAACAAUAAACUAUAAAAACGAGACUGAGUUAAUAAAGACAUUAAAAAACGACACAUGAAAUAUA